AUGUUUCCAUACUCAGUCACACGCAGCCCGUUAGCUCCGGACAGUCUUUCUCCUGCAGCGGCCACAGAGACACACGCACAGCCCACAGAACCGACUCCGAACCCAGGGCUUCACAUCCGCAGCUCAGAGCCAGAGUCCGGGAGAUGUCACAUCCACAGAUAUCAGACCGGCGUGCGUGGUGCGUGCGUGAGUCUGCUGAGGGAGGAGGACCGUGUGCAGCAUCUGGGGGAGGGACGUGUGGCCGUGACUGUUGUCUCCAUAAAGUCCUGUUCCCUGGUCUCUCUCUGCGUCUCUGUGCGUCUCUCUGCGUCUCUGUCUCUGCACACGUCUCUCCCGCAGCUCUUUUCCUUUGGAUCCACUUCUCUGACAAUGGCAGCAAUCGGAAACCGUGGCACCGUGACCGAAGCUCCUGGAUUCAAUGCAGAGCAGGACGUCCAGAAGCUGCGGGAGGCCAUGAAGGGAGCUGGCACUAAAGAGGCGGCCAUCAUUGAGGUCUUGGCCCGCCGGACCAUCACCCAGAGGCAGCGCAUCAAAGAGGCGUACAAACAGUCCGUGGGGAAGGAUCUGGCAGACGACCUCUCCUCGGAGCUCAGUGGAAACUUCCGCAGUGUGGUCCUGGGUCUGCUGAUGCUGGCCCCUGUGUACGACGCUUACGAACUGAGGAACGCUAUCAAGGGCGCAGGGACAGAAGAGGCUUGUCUUAUUGACAUCCUGUCCUCAAGGUCCAACGAAGAAAUAAAAACCGUCAACGCUUUCUACAAGAAAGAAAACGGGAAAACUCUGGAGGACGACGUCUGCGGCGACACGUCCGGAAUGUUCCAGAGAGUUCUGGUCUCUCUGCUCACGGCCGGACGAGACGAGGGCAGCAGCGUGGACGAUGCUCAGGCUGUGCAGGACGCAAAAGACAUCUUUGAGGCUGGAGAGGCUCGAUGGGGAACAGACGAGGUCAAGUUCCUCACCGUGCUCUGUGUGAGGAAUCGGAACCAUCUGCUCAAAGUGUUUGAAGAAUACAGGAAGGUUUCCGGGCGAGAGAUCGAGGAGAGCAUCAAGAGAGAGAUGUCCGGCAGCCUGGAGGACGUCUUCCUCGCUAUCGUGAAGUGCAUCCGGAGUAAACCUGCGUUCUUUGCCGAGCGACUUUACAAAUCCAUGAAGGGCCUGGGCACCACAGACUCGGUCCUCAUCAGAAUCAUGGUGUCUCGAGCUGAAAUCGACAUGUUGGACAUAAAAGCAGAGUUCAAGAACAUUUACAAGAAGACGCUCCACUCCUUCAUUAAGGGCGACACAUCUGGGGACUACCGGACGAUCCUGUUGGAGCUCUGUGGCGGAGAGUGA